AUGAAGUUCUUGAUCCUCUCCUUGGCUGUAGUCGCUACGUCUGUCGCUGAUCCUCAAGGUUAUAAUUUAGCAGCGCCCUCUGGAGGAGGAUUUUCCCAUGGUGCUCAAGGUGGAAGAGGAGGAGGAUUCUCUGGAGGAAGUGGAUUUUCAGGCGGUGGAGGUGGAUUUUCAAGUAGUGGAGGAAGUGGUAUCUCCAGCAUUGGAGGUGGAUUUUCAGGCAGUGGAGGAAAUGGAUUCUCAAGUGUCGGAGGUUCUUCAUCUGGACAAGGUUAUGGGGGCGGAGGUUCCGGAGGAGCCUGCAGAGAAGGAGAAAUCCUGCACGUAGAUGGAUCAUGCGUCGUUCCCAUCGUUACUAGAAAUGUAUUCGUUUAUGACGCUCCCGAACAGCCUCAAGGGGAAAGCGGACCACCACCAAGUAUUCCGCCGCCGAGGGUUGAUCACAAUAUCCUGUUCGUACGCAUUCCUGAAGAAGGUCCGGGACCCGAACCCAUCAUUGUUCCACCACCAAAACAGGAAAGCAUUGUGUACGUCCUGAACAAGAGCGGAGGUGACGGAGGUCAGCGCGUGAUCGAGGUGACAGCUGCUCCUCCUUCAAAUCCUGAGGUGUAUUUCGUCAACUACGAAGAGGGAGAAAAUCCAACCCUUCCUAUUGGAGUGGAUCUUCAGACUGCUCUCAGGGCAGCUGCUGAAGCAAGUGGUCAGGUCAUCGGAGGUUCCGAUGGUACCGGAGGAGGAAUCGGUGGUGGUGCUGGAGGAUUUGGAGGCGGUUCCGGUGGCGCUGGAGGAUUCGGAGGCGGUUCCGGUGGCGCUGGAGGAUUCGGAGGCGGUUCCGGUGGCGCUGGAGGAUUCGGAGGCGGUUCCGGGGGAUUUGGCGGUAGUGGAAGUGGCGCUGGUGGAUUUGGUGGAAGUGGUUCCGGUGCAGGUGGAUUUAGUAGCUUUGGUGGUAGCAGCGGCGGUUCAGGAAGCGGACGAGGGUCAGGUAGUGGUCUCUACGGCCCUCCAUCUUGAAGAUCUUUUUCCAAAAUCUUUUCCUAAAUUUAUCUUAAUGCCAGAAUGGACGUUCAGUAUUAUUAAGUUUUGUUAUAUGUUGUUUGUUCUUGCG